UGCAUACCGAAAAUUACCCGAAAUAAUAAUUAUUUAAUUAAUUAAUGUAAUAAAGAAAAGAAGAAGGAAAAAAAAAAAAACACGCACACACACAGUGACACACACCACCGGUCCACCAAAACGUAACCAAAAGAGAAAAAUACAGAGAGAGAGAGAGAGAGAGAGGAAGAGUCACAUUACUCUCUUCACAUCGUAAACGCUCUCUCUUUUCUCUUUCCCGAUUCCCCAUCUUUCUCUCUCUCUCUCUCUCUCUCUCUCUCUUUUCUCUUCCCAUUAUCUCACGUUAUCUAAUAUCAAGAACAAAAUUACGCACAAACCAGACUUUGUCCCUUCACUCCCCAGCUCUCUCAUUCCAUUUUUUUCACUGUACUUAUUCGAAAUUAGUUUGGAAAAAAAAGGAAGGGAUCCAAAAAAGAAAAAAAAAAAAGAAUUUACCCAGGAGGAAAGGAAAUUUUCGGGUUUUGUUUAAUUUAUUUUGUGGGUUGUCUUUCUUGGGUGGUGGGAAUUGGGGGGAUUUCUGUGAUUUUGAUUUAUUUGUUGUGUUUCUAAUUUAAAUUUGAGUCAAUUGGGUUGGAAAAAGGUUGGGUUUUGGUUUUGGGUGAUUAAAUUAUUGAUCAAUUGGAGAUGGGUUUGGACGGUGCGGAUCUUUUAGACGACGGCGAUGGUGCCGCGGUCGGUGGAGGAACAGCGGAAGGCAAAGGGUCACUUGUGGUCUCGUGUUCCAUUUGCUUGGAAGUCGUCAGUGAUAAUGGGGAUAGAUCUUGGGCAAAGCUUCUGUGCGGCCAUCAAUUCCACCUCGAUUGCAUCGGUUCUGCCUUUAAUAUCAAGGGAGCCAUGCAGUGUCCAAACUGUCGAAAGAUUGAGAAAGGUCAAUGGCUAUUUGCGAAUGGUGGCCGGCAGGCACCUGAAUUCAACGUGGAUGAUUGGGUCCAUGAUGAAGAUGCUUAUGAGAUUAGCUACUCUGAAAUGGUAAUAUAUCUUAUUGACUUUUAAGAAGUAUCUUGGCCAUCCACCCGAUGAGGUGCCUUAGAGUCGUGAAAGUGAUAUGAUUGGAGGAUAUAACUUGGGAUUUAUGGUUUGAAAAGUCACGCAGAUUUGCUGACUUUAUGUGCAUAUUCAUGACAUAAUAUGGCUUUAGUUGUCAAUUGAAAUGCUUUUUGUUUCUUAGUUUCCAUAUGAUGAGGGUGAUGAUGAUCACUUUUGGUUUUCUCAUUUCUAGCCAACUGUACUUUUUGCUGAGACACUGAUCAACUCUUUGAUAAGUCCAAGAAGAGUCUGUGAACUAUAGUUGUGUAAGGAGGUGUUGCGGCUUGGAAUUGAACUUAGUAUCCCUUAGUGCGUGUUCUCUUACCAGUAUUCAUAUGCUUUGGCAAAGAACAACUGUGAAAUAAAGUAUGCGGCAUAUGCUUGAGAAUCAGAUUAUCCUGAAAGUGAAAGAAUGUUCAAAGUAGACUCCAUCAAGUAGUAAUCUAGACUGUUUUGCUAUUAUUUUGUACCAGUCAAUUUGUUAAAGAAAAGGUUAUGGAUUUCUUUCUCAAUAUAUCUAGUUUUGGAUGCAUAAGUAGAAGAUGUUGGAGAAACAAGAAACAUAAAGGAUACCUGAAGUUGCUCCCCAGCAGUGUAUUUGGAUGGCCUUCCUAAAUCAGAGGGUAACUAUAAUGAUUCUCUGAAGGUCAAUUCUGGCAAAAUUGAUGUUAGGCAUACUGAAAUUAGUUCCCUUCCUUUAUUAUACUCAACUCCAGCAUGGUCAAGAUCACAGUUUGGAAUUCCGUCAGUGAGAAUUUGCACCCAUGUAGUCUUUUUCUGUUGUGUACAUGUAUGUUUGAAAUAGCAUAUACCUUUUUAAUCAUGGUAGCCAGUGUAAAACGAUAAUGGUAACAAGUGUAAGAUUUUCAUACUUUCUGCUUUCCGGGCCCUGGUCAAUGUGUUGAUCUGUUUUUGGGUUUUAUUGGCAGUCUUUUGGAGUCCAUUGGUGUCCGUUUAGUGGACUGACCCGGCUACCUUCAUCUUUUGAGUAAGUUCCAAUCUCUCCCUGUGCAUUGAUUUCAAGGUUCUGUUCUGUUUCAGUCACCUUUCAUGUCUCUCUUUUUCUAUCUCUUUGUAAUUGCUUGUUGACUCUCUUUUCUUAUAUCUGUUUUCUUUGUUUUGAGAAAUAUUAGGAAGUUUAUUGUUUUCAUAUCUCAUAUUAUCCCUCCCAACCAUUUUAGCUUAAAUUUGUUCCCCCAUGAAUAGUUUGAAUUCUGGAAGAGAUACUGAUUAUCAUGAUCAAGAUGAAUGACUUACCAUUGAGAAGAUGGAGAUUCUAUUUGGAUACAUCUUUUUAAGAGGGUAAAAAACAUCUGAACAAUCUUCGGUUAGACUUAAAAUCUAGGAAUAUAAAAAGGAAAAAAAUGUCCUUCAACACACAUUCUCUAAUCUUGUUUUCCGAAAAAUAUACUAAUUAAAAUAAAUAAAUAAAAUCCUAAUAUAAAAAAUAAUAAUAAUAGGAAAUCUUGUUCCUACUGUUUUGUCCCAAACUUUUCUGAGUUCUAUAACAUCGACUCGUUUUUGGCUCAGCUGCUGAGGAUACUAGGUAAAUAAGUUUGUAUAACUUUGUUUUGUGAUAUCUGCACGUGUUUGGUAUGGAGAGGAUCUGUUACACUGUGUAAGCUAUGUGCUUUUCAGUAGCAGCUGGAGUAUCCUGCAUGCUUUCUGGUUUUGUUUUAAUGUAUGUUUUGUCCUCUUGCCAGCACUUAUUAUUAUUAAUAUCAUUCAGCGUUUUAGGGGCCUCUCUUACAGUUAAAUGUAAUAAAGAUUAUCAAAUGAAAGUAUAAAAUGUCAUUUUACCCAGUGACAUGAUGUUGAUGGCAACUGUUGAUGGUGAACUCUUUGCUGCAUAUGAGCUUGCCUUUUGCAUUCUUUUUCCUCUUACUGUUCUGCUCCUGUUUAUGUUGGUUUGACAUGUUGCCUUUUGUGCUCUGCAGUGAAGGAGAAUUUUCAUCUACUGCAUAUCAUGAACUACUUGGUCAACAUGCCAUCUUUGCUGAGCAUACUGCUGUGUCAUCUGCAAGUCAUCCUUGCCCAUAUGUUGCCUAUUUUGGGCCUAUUCAUCACUCGUCAUCAAAUUCUACUGCUAGUGUUUCCGAUGGUUCUAAUUUCAACAACCAUUGGAACACUGCAUCUAUCCCCAAUGAACUGCCCACUUCUUAUGCUCUUCCUGGUAUGGAUGUUCAUUAUCACGGUUGGGAUCAUCAUUCUGCACCUUUCUCCUCAACAAGCAGCCGCAUAGGUGGUGCUGAUCAGCCAUCUCUCCCAUCUGUGGCUCCAAGAGCCGCUAGAACUAGUUCUGACAUUUCAAGAUCAGGAUCCUUUAUCCCUCCUUUCAUUGUUGGUCACAGUUCUGCUGCCAGAGCUGGGAGCUCAGUUGCCUCAUCAAUGAUCCCAACUUAUCCCGGAAGUGCUGCUCGGAAUCGAGACCGUAUGCAAGCCCUUCAGGCAUACUCUCAGCAACCCAGCAAUUCAUCAUUACGCGCUCCAGUGAUUUCAGGAUCACGAAGGUCGAGCAGUCAUAGGAGUGUAGGCCAAGUUGGGGCAGUUGCUUCAUCAUCUGAGCAGCCUGGUGGGUUUUAUUUCCUACCUUCUAGUUCAUCUGGAAGAACAUAUCAAGAACCUGAAAACCCAUUGCCCAACCGCUUCCAUAGUUGGGACCGUGAUCAUUUGUCUUCCUUUCCAUCAAGUCAAAUCGAUAGAGACAUGGGUUGGGGGCCAUUCCACCAAGUAGCUGGAGGGUCUGAUCUCAGAACAAACAGCUUUCGUCAGCGGCACGGGUCUGAGAGGAUGCCAUCUCAUAAUCGGUCAUAGACUUGCUUAUUCUGUUUGAUUGAUUCUGUGAUUCCUAUGACUAAAACCGGAAUUAUAUAUGUUUGAGAAACAAUCCGCAAGGGAUAUUAGUCUGUCAAGAUUGGCAAUACUAAAACCAUUGCGAUGCCCUUAAAAUGAUCCAAUUUGUAGGGCAAGGUGAUUGUGUGAUGGAUUUGGCUUCCUCGCAAGACUUUGCCUGGGGUGUGGAAUAAGAUUCCACUGUUGAAUGGCAAAGUUGUGUAAACAUUUCCAGCAAUUGGCUUUGUAUUGUUGACAAUGAGCGCUCCCAUGGUCUGAGCGAGAAAAUGUCAUAAUAAAGCACUCAUUGACUGUUCAUAGUUCACUGGAAUGAAUCGUAUUGAUUAGUACAAAAAUGUAUCUGCUUGUGCUUCCGUUUUAGUUUCAACAUUUCAUGAUUUUCAUUUUAUCAAGAACCAAUCGAUGAUGCUUGCCCCUUGGAAGACUGGCAGGUUGGGGAACAUUCGCCUUCAAGUCUCAGGAACUUUUACAUAAUGAAAAGUUCGGCCUUGAAACAAAAACAUGUUUCCUGCAAAACGUCAAAUUAAAGAAAGGCUUUUUCGUUUGGAAAUAACUGAUAGAAAGGUUAGGGACAGACGCUGUUGCUUUCUGCCUGCCCCGUUGUGUAACUCCCGUGUCGUUUGAGGGAGCAGUCAUUUCAGUGGUAUGCCAUGGGGUCACAUGGGCAGCCCUCUACAAUGUCUACAUUAUAUUAUCUAUCCCAUUGUAUUCCAUCGUCCAAUAUCAUAUUUAGUGCUACUACGGAUUUAACAAAG